ACCAAAUCCUGAACGUCCUGGGAAGCAAAGCCAAUCAUCCAAAAUCCAUCACGUUCGCCGCGCCGAGGCUAAGCCAAGAUGACGACACUCAAGCCGGCCCCCCUCCCCGCGUCCUCCUCCAUCGCAUGCAGUUCGCGUGUAUGGCUUCGACGCGUGUAUGCGGUGGCGGUGCUCGGGAUCGGCACGUGCGUCGUCAUGUGGCUUAGUGUGCUGGGUCACUUUGGGUCCGUGUUCCGCGAGCUUCCGUCGUCAGAAUCCAUCGGUGUGCGCCUCGCGGCGAACGAGACACAUGUCUUCGUAUCUUCACAAUCGAACGGCACGAUACCCAAGCUAAUCCAUCAGUCGUGGAAGACGGCCAACCACAUCCCAAGCAAGUUUACGCCAUGGAUGCAAAGCUGGCGCGUCCACAACCCGACGUGGAGCUACAUGUUUUGGGACGACGCCGACAACCUUAACCUGUUCGAAACCCACUACCCCAAGUACGCGUCGGUGGCGCGCCAAGUGGGCAAAAUUCACUUGGCCGACAUGACUCGGUACGCGCUGCUGCAUCAUUACGGCGGCGUGUACGCGGACGGCGACUUUGAAUCGCUCAAACCAUUCGAUGACCUCAUGCACAUGGAUUUGUUUCUCAGCUUUGAGCCGCUGGUGCAUUCCGUGCUCCUUGAAGGCGCCACGUCACCCGUGCUGUGCAAUGCCAUCUUGGCGUCCAUUCCAGGCCAUCCGUUCUGGCUGGAAGUGCUAGACAACAUCUUGGCCACAUUUGACGGUGGCAACCACCAAGAUCCAGUGUCGUUGACAGGCCCAAGGAUGGUGCAACAUACAAUGACCAACCAUGAUCGAGCAGGUGCUAACUGGAAUCAGUAUGGCAUUGUGCUGCUGGACGAAGAGUACUUUUACCCUGAAGUGGCUUACUGGAACAUGGACAACCUCCGCCGCAAGUGCACUCAAAACCAAUCGCAGAGUGUCCAACAAGCCUGCGCGUGGUUGAGUGAGUUCCCCAACGGACGGUACACAAACAAUACCCACGCCGUCCACCACUGGCAAUGCACGUGGUGCCGCGGUGACGACACGGCAUCGUAUGUGUCGCUGCAAGAUAUCUUUCCCAAUCAAGAUAUUCGCAGGCCGUGAUUAAUGUCCUAACGUUAGUGAGGUCGUGUUGACACUAACGAGUACGAACUGUAUUUAUAUGACCAAUUUUGAAUACCGU